AUGUCAAAUUCAAACGACGGGCUUGGCGAAUGGCUGUUCGGAGAACCACGUAUGAAGCUGGCACAUGCUGCGAGGGUUCUAAAGGAAAGGGCUCAGAAGGCGCUGAUGAGAAGGAUUCAGGAGUUAGGGAUUGCCGUGGUGUUGCCGAAAGAAAAAGGCGUCAAGGAAGAGGAGAAUAUCCCAGAAAGUUGUGACAGUGGACUUCCGGAUAGUUGCCCCGAAAAUGAUGGAUUUGAGGAAAUGACUAGAAGUGUGACGGAGAUGUCGAUUUCUGAUGAUGAUUAUUUCAAGGAAGAAAAACUAGAAGUAGAAGAAAAAGAAGGAGACGUUUUCGAGGAAGAAGUGGUUGAAGACACAAUGAUAGAGGACCUAGAAACAUCGCUUCUGAAAAUGAAGCCACCGAAAGAUGAGGUCUUUUUGAGAAGGCUUUCAAAUACAUUUUCACCAGCCGGCAAGCGAUGUAGCCUCAAUGGAUCAUCGUUUCUAGAAGAUUCCUUUGAUAAACCGGUGCCGGGAUCCAUCCCGCUUACAUUCAAAACUCCGAAGCGAGACUUGGAGGGUCCGAAAACCUCAACUCCUCAAUUCGAAGACUCAUUCGAUAAACCAGUUCCUGGAUCAAUCCCCUUUGGCUCUUCCAAACGGAAAUCUCUGUUGAAUUCUUCUAGAAGAGAUUCCAUAGAGUCUAAUGCAUCCGAAAACAAAUCAUUCGACGUCUUCGCCACUCCACCAACCAGAAACUCUAAAAUUAUAGGCAAACACUCUCGAGUGGUGGAUCUUGCUGAGUCUCCAUUAUGCUCACCAAUCGUCAAACAUCCGAAGAUCGCACCACUCCUUCGAGUUGAGGACAUUUUCAGUUCUCAAAAUUCGUGGUCUCGUUGGAUGAAGUCUUCUGUUAAGAGCUCUUUUUGCUCUAUCAGUUUAGCGGGUUCAGAAGGCAUCGUCAUCCAAACGGACACCGGAAUCGCAUUCAUCCCUCUCCAAGAGCAAUUUAAUGGGAUAGAAAGUCCAAGUCCUAAAUUCUUCGACCCCCUUUCCACGUGUCAUGUCCCUUUAAAAUCUCGAUUAGAUUGCCUCAAAAUUUUCUUCGAAUCUCAACACGUAGUUCAUGUUCUGACGAUGAACAACGCCUUCAGGCUAUUCGAGGAAUAUAAGAUAAAGGUACGUUUGAAGAAGUUGCCGCCUAUAAUAAGAAUCUUCCAGUUAUCAAAUGUGAGAGUACUACGUGUAGCUGCCCAUCUCAACCAUCUCAUUGAAUCUGAAAUUGAGGAUAAUGGAGAGAUGUUUCCAAUGCUACUGGAUCGAAUUCCUCCUCUUCUGGAUCCAGAAAUUCAGUAUUCGACGUUCGGUAGAAUACACAAAUCAAUGGUGGAGGUGUUCGAAAUGCAACGGAUUUUCAAUGAGCUCAAAAAGUCAGCAAUCAAGCGUUUCACUUCUGAAAAAAGUUUCGAUCUGGAAAUGGACACUUGCCAGGCUGUUCUGAAAAUGUUCUAUUCUGGAAUCUCAUUUGACCGCGUGGCAUGCAAACAGUUUAUAGGUGACACUAGAAAACGAAUAGAGAUCCUGGAGGAGCAAAUCUGGAGACUUGCACAUGGAAAAUUUAAUAUCAACUCGUCCAACGAAGCUUCUAAUGUUCUCUUCCAUCGCCUCGGAUUGGUUUAUCCAGAAACUUCCAGUUGUAAAAUUAAGCAGAGACACCUGCCAACGAAUAAGCAGAUUCUGAAUCAGAUGAUCGGUCAACAUCAGAUUGUGGAGAAGAUUCUGACGUAUCGACAUAUCCAACACACCCUGACUCAGUGCUUGCUGCCGCUGGCAAAUUAUGAGAAACGCAUUCAUUGUCGCAUGGAAAUGUGCACAGCUACUGGAAGAAUGUUGACCAGUAGCCCUAAUCUACAG